AGUACUUCCUCCGGGUUUUUGGAGAUGUUUUCAAAUCGGUUCACGCGGUUCAAUCAGUACGCUGUUAAACUAAUACAUGUCAAACAACAAUUUGACCACAUUUGAAUGAUAUUCCUCCUGUUUAAUAUGAUAAAUGCGGAUGAAGUCGCCGAGUUGUGCUACGAGCGUUUCCGCCAGCUGCCCCGGAGAGGGAAGCCCGAGCCGGGCAGAGAGUGGAGCCUGCUGGCCGCUGUGCUCCGGAUCACCCGGAGACCGAACUCCGACUCAGUGGAGAUGGAGGUCGUUUCCUUGGGAACCGGGACUAAGUGUAUCGGAAAGGCAGCCAUGAGUGCCGCUGGCGACGUGCUCAACGACAGCCAUGCUGAAGUCAUCGCCAGAAGAGGCUGCAUCAGGUAUCUGAUCCAGGAGCUUCACGGAGCCGUGAGCGGUCGCUGCAGCUCGCUGUUUCGCCCGGCGGACCGGAGAGGGAAGUGGAGGCUUCAGCCGGGAGUUUCCUUCCUGCUCUUCACCAGUCACACUCCCUGUGGUGACGCGUCCAUCAUCCCCAUGACGGACUCCCAGGCCCAGCCCUGUCCCCUCGUCACAUCUGUGAGCAGCUGUGGCGAGACGGACGGAGGACAGAACCUGAAAAGGAAAGCCAAGGAACCCGGCAAAGGAGGGAACUUGAAGCUGCCUCGACUCGCAGAGGAAGACUCAAAGGAAGAAGAAGAAUCCAGGACCAAAUCGCCUGACGGUGUCGCGUCUGUUCCUGCAUCGGCGUCAGAGCUCAAACCGGGAGACUCGAGGCAGUCAGACGUUCACAGGACGGGCGCCAAGUGUGUACCGGGCGCCCCGGCCGACCCGCUGCGGCCCGGGGCGGUCUACCACAGCACCGGGGUCCUCCGUGUGAAGCCGGGUCGAGGAGAGCCGACUCUGUCCCUGUCCUGCAGCGACAAACUGGCCCGCUGGGGGGUUCUGGGCUUCCAGGGUGCGCUACUGUCUCAUUACCUGGAGGAGGCGCUGUACUUCGACACGGUGGUGGUGGGCAAGUGUCCGUACAGCCAGGAAGUCAUGCACAGGGCGCUGGUGACAAGAUGCUCCCGCGUUUCAGAGCUUCCUGCUGGUUUCUCUGUCUGUUCGCCGCUGCUGCUGCAGUCCAGCCUGGAGUUCCCGUUCAGCCAGAACCAAACCGAGCUCCAACACCAGGGCGGACAGGGACGCAUCUCCGCAUGUGGAGCGGCCAUCAGCUGGUGUAAUGUUGCAGAUCAGCCACUAGAUGUCACUGCCAACGGCUACAAACAUGGCGUCACGAAGAAAGUCCUGGGAACACCGAAAGCUCGGUCUCUGCUGUGUAAACUGGAGCUUUUUCACUCGUUCCUGUCUCUCGUAGCGGCCACUGACCCUUCGGCUCUGCCCGACUCUCUCAGGUCGCUCAUUAUUCCCCACCUGAAAACAAAACUGCAGUUUCCAGUAACAUGGUUACCUUACCAACGGGUCACCAGGAAGUUUUCUUCUCUUUGCAGUCACAGGAAGAAGGUCAGGAGAGCUGCACACCUACUGGGACCACAAGCGGGCCUCCCAGUCGUACCAGCAGGCCUGGCAGCAGCUGCGUCUGCAGGCCUUCCCUCUGUGGCCCCGCAGCGACAGAAACCUCCUCCUGUUUCGCUGAAAGCCGACUCCACAGCAGGAAUGUCCUCGUCAGGCUCGAUGAAAAACCGGCUUUGUUGCAGCGCAAACCCGGAGGGUCACGUGCUGAAACGGCCGCCGGCCGGCAGAAAAGCUCUGAUUUCAAACCGAGGUCGGCAGAACCAGAGACAAAGCGUCGCUUUCCCCUGGCCGUCUGUUAGCUCAGCUGCUCUGCGGCUCAGAACCCGCAGCAGGACGGCCCGCUCCGUCCCGCUCCGUCCCGCUGGUGUCUGCAUGUGGCUGCUUUAUUUUCACGUUGCGAGAGCUCUCUGAAAACACAGCUGGGAGGGAGCCGCCUGCACCUUUCGCUUCUCUGCAUUAAUUAUCAAACUCUCCUCAUGUUUCUCCCACAGAUACAGCAGAAUUAAAUCAGUAUUCUCUUAUCUGCUGCUUUCCUGAAUUGCAAGUUUUCUGGACAGUUGAGAUGUUUUCAGGUAACUUGAGAUUGACAUUUAUGUUCUUUAAUUGUUUUUUUUUUUCCAAACGGAGUUUCUUUCUUAUUGCUGAAUCAUGAACUCUGACCUGACCUGACGCUGGUGAGGUCAGCACUGUUUAGAUGUUGUUGUUGUUGGUCCUUUGCAGAGUUCUUGGAGUUAUUUUAGUUGGUCGUCCACUCCGUGUCUCUCACCGUGGUUCCCCGCUGCCCCCCAAGCCUCAUAAACGGCUUCGUAAUCGUUUCCAGACUAAUGGCCGUCGUCGACUUCUUACCCAUUCUUAAGAUUUCUUCAGACCGGGAGGCGAUGUGUUGCUUUUUGAGCUCCUUUAGCCUACUUCAUGUCAGCCUGGUUCUGUUUCAGUGACUUCUUGAAGCAUCUUGACAGCAAUCAGGAAACCAGGAAAUUAAACUUAAUCCAUGAUUUAACAAGUGAAAAAUGUGUUUGGUCAUAAGAAGCAGAAUGAAUCCCAAAGGAGGCAAAUGCUUCCUCUCAGCAUGUUGGAUAAGAUGUCCUUGGAUAGAUUUUGAUUACGCCUAUUUUGAUUCAUCAGCAUUGCACUCUGGUUUUGUUGUACCGUUUUCCUUUAAAUGCAACAAUCUGCUAUAGUUGAAAUAGUCAAAUUAGAACGUACUUUUAAUGGAUCACUGAUAAUUGGCACGGAAGCACCUGAAGUUUAGAAGAAGAGUUUGUGAAUCGGCUCCAUUGGUUGUCAGAAUAUGAUGCAUAUAUGACACCAGAAACUUCAAUAUUUUUUGUCUUAUUACCCAUUAACGUUUCCGCAGAAGACCAAAGAGAAACUGUGCUGCUAAUUAAACGCUGUUGAUUGAUUGAUCGUCAUCAGGUGUUUGGUAACCAAACGCCAAGACGGAAAGACAUCAGCAAUAACCUUCGGGUAGGAUCUGUUGUUGCUGCAGAUCAACAUGUGAGGAUUACAGGCUGCUUUCCAAAUCAUCUGAACUCCAUCAUCCAACAGAGAGAAACAAGACUCUGAAAACUUCAGCGGACUAAACUGAAGAGGAGUUGGGCGUCGCUUCAUCACAUUUACGAGGAAAUCCAAACAAAGAAUGUUGUAACUCAUCGCAGACUUACAGAGUUAAAAACAACCAGAAAGACACAUUUCAUAUUAAGACAAGACUUUGACAUCAGCUUAUUAUUUUUAUUGUUCACUUCAUUUGGCUACAUACAUUUUACAAAUGUGGAAAAUCCCUUCACAUCUGUAACGUGUGUCUGAUGACGAUGGAAGAACAAUGGACCACACGCCUUCUCGUAUUUUUAAACGGCGGUUUCAUCUUUGCGGGGCUCAGCUAUGAUUUCUCAGCACCAAAACAAACUGCAGCUGUUAAAAUGUCAGCUAGCUUCAUCUGAGAGAAGAGCGGUAAACUAACCAGAGAAAUCAUAACUCUGCUUCGUGUGAGCAAGAUCAUUAAAAACUAUUCCUCUGCUACUG